AUGGGAUGCACAAUUUAUCAAUAAGAGAAAUUUGAUUAUGAUUAAUCAAUCUAAUAUCUAUUUAAUGAACCUUAUAAGAAUAAUCAUUUCAAAUAAAGAUUAGAAAUUUGCAAUUAGCCUGAAUUUCUUGAUGAAACAUUCUAAAGAAUUAAUAUGAAUUUAUCCUAAGAUCAAAAGAGGUUCCAACCAUAAAAAAAUUAUAAAUGGAAGCGUUUAACCCAAUAAAAUAUAGAUCAUAACUUAUGCCAUGUAUGAGUAGAAUUGAACAAUAGGAUUUUAGAUAUACUUAAAUUAGAAAAGGGGAAUUGAAUAAUAAUAAUUUUUUAAAUGGUCUGAGAAUUCUUUCGUUUUAAGAUAUAACUAUAAAAAAGGUAUUUUUAACAAAAAGUAUAAAAAACAAUAGUUGUCUUAUAUUAAUAUUAAAUUAAUAAGGUUUAUGGUAAUAAAUAAUAAUAGAUGAUUAUUUACCUUACAAUAUGAACGAUUAUCCACUUUUCUCUUAUUAUGAUGGAAAUGAUUGUUGGGUAUAAUUAAUUGAGAAAGCUUUUGCUAAGAUUUAUGGUUGUUUUGAUAAACUUGAAUAGAUUGUAGAAGCAAAUGAAAUAAUAAGAGAUAUAACAGGAGCUCCAUAUUUAAUUUUGGAUGUAGAAGAGUUUAUUUAGAAAGUGAAGAAUUCUUAAAAUAAAUAGUGGAUGUUUUAUUUGAUGAAUGAAAAAAAAGAGAUAUUUUUAUUUAAAAAAUUUGAAGAGAAAAUGUUUUGUUUAGAUUUAAGUAGGGAUGUUUAAUAGUAAAUUAAUGAUUUUUAAAAUUACCAAUUAUAUUACAUUCCUUUUGAUCCAUAAUACAUUUAAAUAGUUUAAUAAAUAUCAAUUCCAAUUAGGAAUCAGUAAGUUAAAUAUGUAAUAGAAAUGAAAGUAAAUAAAUAAUCUCAUUCAUUUAUAACAGUUUCAUAAAGAGACUUAAAAUUUGGAUGUAAAGAUUAUUAUGGUUAACUUCAUAUGAUAAUUUAUGACAAGAAUAAUGGUAACAAUAAAGAAUUAAAAAGGAUUUAUAGUAAAUAUUAGUAAGUGAGAGAUUUAACAAUUGAAUGUGAUUUGGCAAUAGGAUAAUAUUUAAUUUAUAUAGAAGCAUUUUGGGAUUAGUAAACAGAUUAUUCAUUAAAUAUUUAAUCUUAUGGAAGUGGAUAAGUAUUUUUUAAAUAAUUGGAGAAAAUGGAAGAAAAAGAAAAGUUAGAAUUAUUGCAUGAGAUGAUAAUUUAUCAUUCAGUUGAUUAAAAUAAAAGUAUAUAUGGGAAUGAUCAAUUAUAUAGUGUAAAAUCAUAAAUAGGGAGAUAUAAAUAUUUACUUUUUGAAAAUAAAACUUUUGAUUUAACAUUAAAAAUAAAUUUGUAAUAUAAGUUACAUUUAGUAAUGGUGAAUUAUCCUUACAAUGAUUUGUAGGUACAAUAGUUAUAAAUUCUACCUAAUGAAAGGAAAUUGUUGACAUUUUAGAUACUUUUAGAAAAGAAUGAUAAACAUUAGUUUGAAGUAUAGGAAAAAGAUUUUGAAAUACUUGAACGUUUAAGAGAUAAUGAAAUAAUAGAAAAAGCAAUGAAGGAACCUACUUAAAUAAUUUAUAGAAAUUCAGAGAUGAAAAUAUAUAAUUAUAGAUUGGAGGAUGAAUGCGCUUUGGUUUAUGUAAAUGAUUCUGAAUAGAAAUAUAUUGAAUAGAAUAAGAUUAAGUUAAUAAAUUUAAGUUAUAAGGGAAAUAAAAACCCAGGUCUAUUACAUAUAGAAUUAUAGCCAAAAGAAAAAUAAUUGUUUCGAUUUUAUAUAGUUGAUAGAAACGAAAAGUAAUAUGAAUUUGAGUGCAAUUAAUAAUAUAGAUUUGAGUGA